GAAUCUUACCAAUUAAUUAAAUGUAUUAUUGUAGUAGGUGUUAUAGAAGAUGAAAAUAUUUGCUUGUUUUUCUUCAGCACCAACUCCUUUAUAAAUUCUUUGGGCAUCUGAAUUUAGUUUAAAGAAAAAGGCAAAGCAGUAGCUCAAGAAUUGGUAUUUAUGCACAGACUUUUCCUUCCUUACCUUAUGUGUGGGCCAAAAGCUGGUCAUUAACAGACUGAUUUCUUGAGAUCUGUGGGUCUUUGACAUUUUUCUUUAUCAUAGUCUCUUUCCACAUGGAGGUAGACUGCUUGGGGAGGAGAAAAUCAGGGAUGUUCUCUAAGUGCUGGAACUAGUCAGAUUGGGGCUUGGUGGUUUGUAGCCUGCCACGUGGAAAUAAAACAAGUCUUAUUCUGUUCUAAUUCUGAAUUUCACACUGCUUGGAAGGAAAAAAGUGUAGUUUGAAAAGAGAAAAAAAAUACAAAUCACCCAACCUCAGUGUUGAAUAAAAAUCUGGCAUGCCAGAUCCUAAUGGGCAUUCUCUGAGUCCUGAGAGGAUCUUGGAGCCAUUUCAGUUCUACAUUACAUACUGUGUUUUCUGGUAAAAUGCAUGGGAGACUGGGUGAUUUGGUCUUUGAGGGUUUAGGCUGGCAGAUCUGGUUGUGUUUCUUCUUAGUGAAUAGUUGGUCUGUAGCAUUUCUUGGUGGCAGCAGACUUUCACAGAUUAUUUACGGCAUACAGAUAGAUUCAGUGUUUUAAAUGUUUUGACUUUUAAAUUAAAAGGACAACUGGAGUGCUUUAGAAAAUCCCUUUGGAAAUCAUUUAAGGUUCUAGAUUGGGGUGAUAGUACCUGCAAGGCCUUACCAUUACUUCUGAAAGGUUUUUCCUGAAAGCUGAAUUAUCUGUAAUGGGUUGAAACUAAAGUUCAGUUUUUCUUGCUGGAUCAUGUCAGUAUACAGUCAUGUUGCACUGUGCAGAAAUGCAUUAUAUUUAUUUAACUGUAGCAAGAGCAACUCAGGAUUCUAAUCUUGUGAUUGACAAAGGUGUAACAAAGCAUUUAUGCUAAAACAUGAACAUAAUGCUUCAGGCAAAACAUCUUUUAAGGAAUUAAGAUUUCUGUUUAUAGCUGAAUAUGCCUUAGUGAUUCUGUAGGUAGAGUAGGGCUCUUUUAAGAAUUGCUUUUUGCAUAAUUCUCUGUUUUCUCUCCAUUUAUUAUGCAUUCGCUUUAUAUUUACAUAUAAACAAAAAACAGAAACAAAGAAACAGAGGGCCUUCUUAACAACAUUGCACUUUAGGGGUUACAAGCUAUAUUAUAUUGUGUGGUUGAAAACCAGCAGAUGUAUGAAGUGUGAUUUAAAGAAAAUAAUCUGCCCUAUUUCCAGAGGAGAUGAGCAUUUUGUUCUUCUCUCGCUCACUGCAAUGCUAUUUUGGCUGCAAUCCAAAACAGGUUGUGUUUUUGUGGUUUUUUUUUUUCUUUUUCUUUUAAUUUCUUUCCUUUUUUCCCCCCUUUUUAAUUUAGUCUCAGUAGGAGUGGGAUGUCUGUAUUAUACAAGAUUUUUAAAAGCAAAAGAUCAGCCAGAAGUAUUUAUCAUUAUUGAACACCAAAGAAAUUUUAUUACUGAAGAUUAGCCUGUCUGGUUUAGGUUUAGAUUCUGUGGAAGGCAGAGAAAAAGAUGCUUUUUCCUGAUAGCACACAGAUGUGGAGUUUCUUGUUUAUUACAUUUUUUCUCCAUUAUGAUGCCCAAAAUUUCUAGAACAGUUUUUCUUCUUUUUUUUCCUCUUUUUUUCGCUUCUUUUUUUCCUCCUCUAUAUUUUGGAGUUGGGGGGUGGGGUCUGCUGAGUUUUAUACAGCUGAAAAUAAGGAAUGUCAUGGGAGUUAUUUUCUGCGUAAUUAUGUUAUACUGUAUAGCAUUUCCUUGAAAGCUUUUUAGAAGAUCUGUAAAAAAGAAAGUAAGCAUUACUAUGGUCUAGGACGCUAUUAUUAACGUCCAAAUAAACCACUCUUCUGAACAGAAUUGUACAGUUAAUGAGGAGCUUAGUUGAAAUACAAGAACUUAUUCUUUUAGUGUAUUUGCUGCAAUUUAUAGUUAAAUGCAUGGUUGAAAGAAGUACUGAUCUUCACAUUUGUCUCAUGUUAGGUAAAUGUUUUCAUUCUCUCUAGUUGUAAUUGUUGAAAUACUUUUACUUCUGAAUUUUUGUAGCCUUUUGAAACAGUAAUUUGAUGUGUAGCCUUGUGAGUGUGCAGUUGUUUUAGUAUGUGGUUUGACAUGUAGUUUUGCAUCAGAGAUCUGGAGUUGUAUUAUAGCUAAAAAUGAUCUUUGUGUGAUAUUUGUGAUGUUUGCAUCUAGUGUGUUGGAUUAUAGUUUUGCAGAAAGACUUCCAUUAUGCUUUGUAACCGCCUACCAAAAUAAAAAGGCAGUGAGAUAGGCCCUGAUUCUGCUAAGAGGUGGAAGUCUUUAAGGGGAAACGAAAUAUAAGUUAUAGAGAGAUCUUUUUCACUGCACAGAACACACUCUCUAAAGGAUAUGGAGAAUAUUUUUCAACUGGUGCGCAACGUUAUCCCUCCUCUAACAGGGAAAAAACAUAAAGGUCAAGAUGGUCGUAUAGGCAUUGUUGGAGGAUGUCGAGAGUACACUGGAGCACCGUAUUUUGCUGCAAUUACUGCUCUCAAAGUGGGUGCAGAUUUAUCCCAUGUGUUUUGUACCAAAGAUGCAGCAACAGUAAUCAAAUCAUAUAGUCCAGAGCUGAUUGUUCAUCCAGUUCUUGAUAGUCCCAAUGCUGUCCAUGAGGUGGAAAAGUGGUUACCACGACUGCACUCAGUUGUCAUAGGACCUGGCUUAGGUAGAGAUGAAGUUCUACUUGAGAACGCUAAGGGUAUUAUAGAGAAAUCGAAAGUGAAAGGAAUUCCUAUCAUUAUUGAUGCAGAUGGACUGUGGCUCAUUUCCCAGCAGCCUUCUCUUAUUCAAGGCUACCAGCGAGCUAUUCUUACUCCAAACUAUAUGGAGUUCAGUAGGCUGUAUGAAGCCAUGCUUAGAGACCCCGUAGACAGUAGUGAUCAUCAUGGAUGUGUAUUAAGACUCAGCCAAGCCAUGGGGAACCUGACAGUUGUUCAAAAGGGAGAAAGAGAUCUUAUUUCAGAUGGAGAGAAAGUACUCGUAUGCAGUCAUGAAGGAAGCAGCCGGAGAUGUGGUGGACAGGGGGACCUUCUUUCUGGUUCUCUUGGAGUCUUAGCACACUGGGCAUUUGUUGCUGGAGCUGAAAAAACAAAUGGUCAAAAUCCCUUUCUAGUGGCUGCAUUUGGAGCUUGCUCUCUUACGAGGCAGUCUAACCAUCAAGCCUUUCAAAAAUUUGGACGUUCAAUGACAGCCUCUGACAUGGUUUCAGAAGUUGGAACAGCUUUCAGCAAACUUUACGAAACCUGAAGCCAAAGCAGCAGAGAAGAAGAAAAGGAAGAACAAUGACUGCAAGAGUAAUUACAUGUACCGUAGAAUUUACAUAAGUAAUGCACCCUUUCAAGUGCUGUAGCAACAUUGGUAUGUUAGGUAGAUCUUUUUUAGUUUUAAGAAUAGAAAAAUAUGAUUAAUGUAGAUAUUUUUUAAGAGUUUGGAAUACAAAAAUGUUUUGGCUGAAAUAAGCUGUAGUUGCAGAUCUGUUAUAAUAUAAUAAAACUAAACUGAAAGUA